UCCCCUUCCAGGACGAGGGGGGCGAAGAGCAAGAGCCGAGCAGCGACAGCGCUUCGGCGCAGCGGGACCUGGAUGAGGUCAAGUCGUCCCUGGUCAACGAAUCGGAGAAUCAGAGCAGCAGCUGGGACUGGGAGGCGGAGAGGCGCCCGCAGCCCGCCCGGGACGCUUUCCAGAAGCCGCGCGACUAUUUCGCUGAAGUGAGAAGGCCCCAGGACGGCGCUUUCUUUAAGGGACCUGCGUAUCCUGGGUACCCUUUCCUGAUGAUUCCGGACCUGAGCAGCCCGUACCUCUCCAAUGGACCCCUAUCUCCUGGUGGAGCGCGCACGUACCUGCAGAUGAAAUGGCCCCUCCUUGAUGUCCCCUCCAGUGCUACAGUCAAGGAUACAAGAUCACCAUCUCCAGCACACUUGUCUGGGGAUCCUGCCCGUUGGAUGGUGCCUCCCACAUUCCGGUCCAACAAAGUUCCUGUUGUUCAACACCCCCAUCACAUGCACCCGCUGACACCCCUCAUCACCUACAGCAACGACCACUUCUCCCCUGCGUCACCUCCCACACAUCUCUCCCCGGAGAUCGAUCCAAAGACAGGAAUCCCCCGGCCCCCUCAUCCAUCUGAGCUGUCACCGUAUUACCCACUGUCUCCAGGAGCUGUCGGACAAAUCCCCCAUCCCCUUGGCUGGCUUGUCCCACACCUGGUCUCAAGUCGGUUCUCCCCACACAUGGUGGCUCCUGCCCACCCUGGCCUGCCCACCUCAGGAAUCCCCCACCCUGCCAUCGUCUCCCCCAUUGUGAAGCAGGAGCCAGCACCCCCCAGCCUGAGCCCUGCAGUGAGUGCAAAAUCCCCAGUGACCGUGAAAAAGGAGGAGGAGAAGAAGCCUCAUGUGAAAAAGCCUCUGAAUGCCUUCAUGUUGUAUAUGAAGGAGAUGAGGGCCAAGGUGGUGGCUGAGUGCACCCUGAAGGAAAGUGCCGCCAUUAACCAAAUCCUGGGAAGAAAGUGGCACAACUUGUCUAGAGAAGAACAGGCCAAAUACUAUGAGCUUGCCCGGAAAGAACGGCAGCUUCACGCACAGCUCUACCCAACCUGGUCAGCCCGGGACAACUAUGGUAAGAAGAAGAAGAGGAAGAGGGAAAAACAGCUGUCCCAGACACAGUCACAGCAGCAAAUCCAAGAGGCAGAGGGUAUUCUGGCCUCUAAGAGCAAGAAGCCAUGUAUUCAGUACCUGCCCCCUGAGAAGCCCUGCGAUAGCCCUGCCUCUUCCCAUGGCAGCACGCUGGACUCCCCUGCAACUCCCUCCGCAGCCUUGGCAUCGCCAGCUGCCCCUGCAGCCACCCACUCCGAGCAAGCCCAGCCCCUGUCCCUCACCACCAAACCGGAGGCCCGAGCCCAGCUGGCUCUCCAUUCAGCUGCCUUCCUGUCAGCUAAGGCCACAGCAAGCAACGCCAGCCAGAUGGGCAGCCAGCCCCCACUCCUAUCCAGGCCUUUGCCCCUGGGCUCCGUGCCCUCUGCCCUGCUGACCUCUCCCCCUUCCUUCCCAGCCACCCUCCAUGCCCAUCAGGCCCUCCCCGUGCUACAGGCCCAGCCUCUUUCCUUGGUCACCAAGUCUGCCCACUAAGCUGCCCCCUGUUCUAUGCAGGCAGUCUCGGGACUCCAAGUAGUAAUGGUUCAGACGAGAGGAGGGGGGGGGGAAGGAAACAUUAUUGGUCAAUAUUUGACCACUCUGGACUGUUCUGUAAAGUGACUGGUAACAGCAGUGCUUUACAAGUGUAGAUGUAACCAGUAGCUGAUCUUCAGGCUUUUUUUAAAAAAAAGAAAAAAAAGAAAAAGAAAAGAAAAAAAAAAAAACAAAACCU